AUGGCCCGCCACCCGACGGCGACCGCUGUCGCCCUGGCGGUGCUGCUGCUCGCCGCGCCGCUAGCCGCCGCCAGUGUUGACGGAGAGCGCACUGGCCGUGAGCUCCAGCAGCUCGGUGGCCUCACUGGUGGCCUGGGUGGCCUGGGUGGCCUCACCAGUGGCCUCACCAACGGCACCGGCGGCAGCCUCUUGGGCGGAGUUCUCAACACAGUUGCUGGCAUCCUCAACGCUCUCCUGGGCACCACUUUGGGGGUCACCAAUGGGUCCGUCGCCAACCCCGUUGGCGGCCUCCUUGGCGGCCUCCUGGGUGGUUCCUCAGGCGGCCUCCUGGGCGGCCUCCUGGGCGGCACCUCAGGCGGCCUCUUGGGCGGCACCGGUGGCCUCCUGGGCGGCCUCCUUGGUGGCACCAACAGUGGCGGCCUCCUGAGCGGCAUCCUUGGCACUGUCACCGGCCUCCUCGGCUCCAACCCUACCGGUCUCCUCAACACCCUCACCGGCCUCACCGGCGGCAGCCUCCUGGGUGGCGUCACCGGCACCUCUGGCGCCACCGGCGGCCUCCUGAGCGGUCUCACGGGCGGCCUCGCUGGCGGUCUUGUUGGUGGUGUCACCGAUGUCCUUGGCAACAUCCUGUCUGGCUCCACCUCCGGCCUCCUGUCCGGCACUGUUGGCGGCCUCCCCCUGGUCGGCGGCCUCUUCGGCAGCAAGUCUGGCCUGCCCGUCCUCGGCGGCCUGUUCAAUAGCACCCAACUGAGCAAGUCUGGCCUGCCUAUUGUGGGCAGCCUCCUGGGCAAUGUCCCUGUCAUCGGUAACGGUGGGCUCCUCACCAGCAUUUUGGGCCUCGCCUCCGGCGACCUCCUGGGCGGUGGUGGCCUCAACGCUGUCCUGAACGGCGUCCUGAACAACGCUGUGGGCCCCGUGCUGGAGACUGCGGCCGGCCUCCUGCCCGGCGUGACCAACGCCCUGCCCCUCGUCACCAACAUCCUUGGCGGCAACCAGAGCUUCAUCCUGGCACCCACUGACGUCUCGUUCAUCGGCGGCAAGGGUGCGCUGCUGUCCAGUGUGCUGUCCCUCAACCCCAACGCCCUGCUCUCUGUUGUGGGCAUCACCAAGCUCCCCGGCAUCGGCAACAUCACGAUUGGCAUCGACGGCAGCUUCCUCUACAACGGGCCCAACCUGAACGGCUCCACCAGCGUGUGCAUACAGGUCACCGACCUGCUGUCCACCGCCCCCAUCUGCAUCGACCUGAUCCGCAACCUGCAAAUCCCCGCCGUCGGCGGCAUCCUGCCCCUGGUGUUCAGCAACAAGACCGUCAUCGACCUCAAGGGCGGCACCAGCUUCACCGGCAACCUGCUCAGCGGCGUGAUCUCGCCCAACCUCAACCUGGGUGGCAUCCUCAGCGUUGCGGGCCUCGGCCUCCUGCCCGAUGUUGGCACCAUCAACAUUAACAAGGAUGGCACCUUCACCUUCAACGGCAUCCUGAACGGCACCACCAUGUUCUGUGCGGUCGUCACCGACCUGUUGUCGACCCUGCCGCUUUGCCAGACGAUCUCCAACCUGCUGCCAGCUCUGCCUGAGAUCCCCCUGCCAGUCUGCCUCCCCGGCUGCCUCAACGGCGGUGUCUGCGACGGCCUGUUCAGCUGCAACUGCACUGGCACUGGUUUUACGGACAACAUCUGCUCCACACCUGUUGUGUGCACCCCCGGGCUGUGCAAGAACGGCGGUGUGUGCGCGUCGAACAACACCUGCAACUGCGACCGCACUGGAUUCACUGGCCCAACCUGCACGGGGCCCCCGCCGGUGUGCAACCCCACUUGCCAGAACGGAGGCGCUUGCAUCAACACCAACAAGUGCGCCUGCACGCCGGGCUUCGCUGGCCCUGUGUGCAACUCUACUACCACCGUCCCCCCGGCUGGUGCCACCCCCGAUGCCACGUUCAUCUGCCCUCGUGACGGUGUUUGCAAGAUCGCCGCGCCGGGCGUGCUCAAGGCUGCGCCCGGCCCCAACGGCUUCGUUGUUGUUUCGACCUCCAAGCCUGGUGUGGGGACGCUCGCCGUUACCUCUGACGGUGCCAUCACCUUCACCCCGCCCCUGGGCUUUGCCGGCAGCACGACCUUCACCUCUCUGGUCACCAACGGCACCCUGGCCAAGAACCUCCUCAUCCAGCUGUCCGUGACCGACCCCGCGCCCCCGGCCCCCACUGCCGGCGACGACGCGUUCAACUGCCCCUUCAACGCCGACUGCGUGAUCGCUGCGCCCGGCGUGCUCGCCAACGACGCGACCACCAACCCCGGCGGCAAGGUUGUUGUGGUCAGCAACACCGGCAACGUCACUGUGACCCCCGCGGGUGCCAUUACCCUGAAGCUCAUCCCGUGA